AUGUCUACUCAAUCCUCCAAGGAUGUCGUGGAGUCGAGUGAAGUUUCGGCUGAAGAAGGGCAAGCCACCCUCGCUGCGCGCGAACACUGCACCCAGAUGCAAAUCCGCUACACCUGCGGCCACGCUACCGGUGGAGAGUUCCUUAAAUGCGAGAAGCAUUUGCCCUAUGACGACGACCGUUGUGCCGGUAUCAACAUCCAACAUGUCGAAGCCAAGUUCUCGCCUCACAAAUGUCGAAACUGCCUGCACACCCCCGACCGUUAA